AUGCUCGGCCGGUCGAGUAUUUGGCUCGUGGCGCUGGCCGGCGUCGCGCAGGCGGCGACAAAGGAGCUCACAGAUACAUGCAGCGGUGGCGGUGCCUUUGGCCUCUACCGGCGCGAGUCGGGCUGCGCGAUCGGCAACUGCGACUGCUUCCCGGUCAUUUACGAGUGCGAUGGGCGUCUCGCCGAUGGCAUGGGCCAGUGCGCGCUGUCCCGCAUCGGCUGGUCGCUCAUCUUUCUCGCGUUCGCCAUCAACUUGAUUGUGCCUGCGGUCUUCCUCGUGAGCCACAACAUCAUGGAGCACGCCAAGGACAAGGCUGUGAGCAGCAACAACGACGAGCAUGUGCUCAAUGCGAUGGACCAGUCCCAGCAGAGUCACGGACGGUUCUACAUUGACCUGCGCCAAUUUCGGACCACGGUGCCUGACACGGCGCUCGGUCUGCGUGCCGAGCCAAAGAUCUUUCUAGAGACCAUGUCCAAGCGCUGGGUCCAGAUUGUCUGCUACUGGCUCGUCCUGGCCUCGCUCGGCUGCUUUGUGCUCUUGGUGCCACCCAUCCCAAUGGACGAGACGUCGUUUCCGCUUGUGCGUCAAAACACAACCGAGAUCAGCGCGACGUCGUUCGCGAUUCAGAGCACGAGCACGAACGACUUGCCGGGCUCGACGCGGUUCCUCUCGCUCCAAGGGGACUUUUGCGCGGUCGCCAACGAUGCCUUGCCGCCCCAAGGCGCGUUCACGCUCACACUGUCGUACAACAUUACGUUUGCAAUGGACGAACACGUCCUCUUUGACCAAAUCAAUGGCUUUAAGGCGCUCAACUGCCUCUGCGACCACGGCACAUGCGCGCUUCGCAAAGUCGAAGAAGGCGCGGCCGGUGCGCUCCCACUGGUGUACUUUCCGUGGUACCAAGACGCGUGGCAUCCGUUCAAGAACGGGACCGAGCUCCAUACGUUCUCGGUCGCUGCCUCGUUUUCGCUGGCAUCGCGCGACUUGAUCCCGUUCAUGCGGCUCCGUCCGUUGCCGCACUUGCUCUUCCUAUCCCAUCAUGCGUUCAUGGAGCGCAUUCUGGACGUUGUGAAUUUGUGCAUCUUUGUACUGGACAUUGGCGUGCUUCUCCUGUGGGCGACCAAGGUGCGGUCGGCGCCGUGGCUACCCGAGCGACGCGUCGUCUACGUCAUGUGCGGCGUCAACUUGAUGGCGAGCUGCCCGAUGCUGUACGUCUCCGAGUACUUGGAUCUCUCCGAGGACUUUCAGGCGAUGUUGUACGCGAGCGAAGGCGUCUUUGCGCUCAGCUGCGGUCUCUGGCUCCUCGCGUUCCUCUUCCUCCUCGACAUGCAGCGCACGCGGACCUUUGGCGCUCGCUUCUUUGUCGGCAAGUUUGUCCUCGGCACGCUCGUCUUGAGUCUCUACCUCUACACGUACCUGUAUGCAGCCGACCAAUACCUCUCGCUCCUCAACUUUGGGCUGGCGAUCUUGUGCUCGAUUAUCUAUCGUGGGCUCAUGGUCGACGUCCGCAACAAUCUGCGGGCGCACGCUUACGCCGAGACACGCCCGGAGCAGCUCACGGCGCGGCUUCUCUACGUCAUUGGGCUCACGGUCAUGUACGUCUUCUUCUUUGUCGCGCUCGUCGCCGACCCCGUCCCAACGGUAUCGCCAUUUGUGCCCAAGACGGUCAUCCUCACCGACUUGGCCGUGCAGCUCAUUCUCCGGACAGCGACUUGGGUCCUCGCCGUGCUCUUCUUACCGCCGACGAAAGCGAUGGAGGACCGACACCACCACGUCUACUACACGCGCGCCUUGACCAAGCUGCCUCGACUGACCUCCUCCCAGCGCGACUUUACGCUAGCCCACCUCAAGCAAGUCGUUGGCGGACGCUACAGCCGGUCCAUCUCGCUGGACGACGGCUAUCUCGAGUGGCGCGCGCCCGACGCGUUUGUCGUCGAGACAGCGUGCGGUCUCUACAACCAGUCGAUCGCGAUCUACGAAGAGCCCGAGUUUGAUGCAGAAAAAGGCUGCUACGUCGUCGCGAGCGAGGCCCAUUGGACCCAAGACGGUCUAUCCUUGGUGCAGCCAUUCUACGAUGCGAUGACCGACACGUACGGAUGGGUUUUGGCCGGCGACAAGCGCGUCGUUGUCGUCUUCCGGGGCACGCUAAGCGCCGCCAACGCACUCACGGACCUCCAAGUGCACAUGUGCAGACCGGCGUUCGGUCCGGAAAACGACGACGACGGGCCCAUGGUCCACGCUGGGUUUCACUACGCGUACUUGACGGUGCGCGACACGAUCCGCGGCAUCGUCCAGACGGCGAUGGCGUCCAUGCCCGAGUGCCAGCUCUACCUGACCGGGCACUCGCUCGGCGGUGCGCUCGCCACCCUCAUGGCCUACGACGUGGUCACCGACAGCCGCUGGCGCCUUGCCGAAGACAUUGUCGUGUACACGUAUGGCAGCCCCCGCGUCGGCAACCACAAGUUUGCUGCUGCGUUCAAGCGCGUUGUAACCAACUGCUACCGCGUGUGCGCGGACGGCGACGCCAUUGUCGGCACGCCCAAGCGGUCGCUGGCGGCGCUCUGCUUUGCGCACCUUGCGUACAAGCAUGUGGGCGACAACGUCCUCUUGUCGACGCGAGCCAAGGGCACGUUCCUGAUCAACCCCAACAUCGUCGAGCGCGCGUUCAUCUCGCGUCUUCGCGUCAAUGCGAUCGCGCACCUCGGGCCGGCGUACAUGAACCUGCUCGAGAACGGCACCAACUUUACCAAGAAACCCAAGUACGCGAGCGCCCGCAACCUCGGCGAAGCGACGCCGUUGCUCUACGACGCCAUCUAGACGACAUUAAUCGGUGUAUGGAUGCCACUUGCGAC